AUGACGUCCAAAUCUAACGAAGCCCUUAGCGCUCGAGGGCCUGAGGAUAUGGAACGGAGAGGAAGAACAAGAAGAGAAACCGUGAUGGCACAAGAAGCCACCGUCGUCGACGAUGACGGAUCUGACGACGACGAUUACCAGCCUAGUAAUGAAGACGACAGGACAGUACUGCCCGAAAAUGCGGGCACGACCCCGAUGAUUGAUGCGUUUGACUAUGUGAGCCCGAAUCACCCGCUACGUCCUGCUCGAGCGAUCUGUGUUCUAGAUAGAGCGCAACAAUUGGCACGAUUGCGACACCAUUUCGAGUUCUGGUGGGACGUUAUGCUCGCCAUGGACAAACAAGCCAAAAUGAAUACAAACCAAGUGACCGAUGAUUUGAUUCGUGAAGAAGUCAUACGUUUAGGCGAAGACAACCGAGAACUGCGACGUGAAAGAGACCGUAUGACGGUGCAACGAGAUUUGGCAGAGAAGCGAGUCGAGGAACUGGCCUCGAAGUUGGACGGAGCUUACCGAGAGCGAGACCAGUCAAUCAAUACGUUGAUGAAUACGGCGAGACAAACGACGCCGGUUCCGGAAAGAAACACCAACAGUCGUGUUCCCCGACGCGAUGUCUCCCUGGAGGCUCGGACUGAACCGAUACGACGAGACGGUUCCCACUUGCUUUACUCCAGUCCGGGACGUUUCGAUAAUCCAAAGUUUCCUGAUGCGCCUGUAUUUUCAGGAGAUCGCGGCGCGUUUGAUAGCUGGAGAGACAAGGUGUAUGACAAGCUGAGUAACAGCGCCGCUCAGUACCCAAAUGAAGAGCAACGAAUUGCCUAUAUUCGCAGCCGCACUGACGGUAUCGCCUAUCAACAAAUCCGAGCCCAAUGUCGACCCGACCAUCCGCGCAGCUUUCGGUCUGCUGAAGAUGCAUUGGAAGCUCUAGAAAAGAUUUACGGCGAUAAGAACAAGAGAAAACGGGCCAUCAACGAACUGCGCACCCUGCGUAUGGGAAGAAGGACCUUUGAUGACUUCUAUGCCGACUUCGCCCGCUGCGCUGCGGAAGUUGGAUAUGCUGAAGAUGCUAUGAUACCACUACUCGAAAACGCGAUCUCAAACGAGUUGGCCCGACAAGUCAUCGGGUUGCAGAAACCCGCAGACUUUUACGACCUGGUAGAUUUCUAUCGAGAUGUUGAUCACGAGAUGCGUGAUUACGAAAGAAGGUUGCCAAGCCGUGUCGUUGGCACCGGCCGAACCAAUCAGCAAUACGAAAAAUCACGUCCAAGACAGACACCCUUCGCCACACGAUCUGAAGGCUAUGUUCCGCGCCCGGUAGAUCGCGCCUUGCUUGCUCAGCAUGGCCGAUGCUACAAGUGCGGUGAGCAUGGACACCGAAUCCACGAGUGCACAAACCCGCAGAUGAAGGAGAUGCCACGCCUUGGUCGCGGAACAGCGAAGGUAAACCAUGCGACGAUGGAAUCCGACAUCGACGAUGAAAGCACCGUCGUUGAGGGAAAAGAGAUGUCCUAG